ACUAUUCAUCAGCUGGUUCUCAUUUUCUUCUCCGAUUUUGACCCGUAAGCUUACUCUUCAAUCGCUUCUCUUUUCAAAUUUUAUUUUCUCUGAUACCCUUUCCUCAAAUCAUUGUGCUACCCCGAUUUUAGGCUGCGAAUUUGUACUACUGGAUCUAGUUGAGACGCAAGAAAUUUUCCAAUCUCCUUUUGAUUGAGCGGAUAGACGAUUUUUGCUCUGGCUUGGAGUCUCACGGGAAGUUCACGUGAGAAGAGGACUCCGCUGAGGUAUUAGAAGAAUGGGCAGUAAUGCAGCAGCCUGCGCGGAGAGGGCAACCAGUGAUAUGCUGAUUGGUCCAGACUGGGCCAUAAACAUCGAGCUAUGUGAUAUUAUUAACAUGGAUCCUGGGCAAGCAAAGGUGGCAUUGAAGAUACUCAAGAAUCGGCUAGCAAACAAAAACUCCAAGAUCCAGAUUUUGGCUCUUUUUGCAUUGGAGACUAUUAGCAAAAAUUGUGGUGAGAACGUGUUUCAGCAGAUUAUUGAGCAUGACAUCCUGCUCGACAUGGUUAAAAUAGUGAAGAAGAAGCCAGCCUUGACUGUGAGGGAGAAAAUACUAAAUCUGAUAGAUACUUGGCAAGAAGCAUUUGGGGGACCGAGGGGAAGGUAUCCCCAAUGCUAUGCUGCUUACAAUGAAUUGAAGAAUGCUGGAGUUGAAUUUCCUCCACGGGAAGAGAAUAGCGUUCCUUUUUUUACUCCACCUCAGACCCAGCCCAUCCUUAAUCAGCCUGCUGCAACUUAUGAGGAUGCUGCGAUUCAUGCUUCCCUUGAAUCUGAUGUUUCUGGCCUGAGCUUGCCAGAGAUACAAAAUGCACAUGGACUUGCAGAUGUUCUACUGGAAAUGCUUGGUGCCUUGGACCCUAAAAAACCAGAGGGCGUGAAACAAGAAGUGAUCGUUGACUUAGUUGACCAGUGCCAAUCUUAUCAAAAGCGUGUCAUGCUGCUUGUAAAUAGUACAGGAGAUGAGGAGCUUUUAUGUCAAGGAUUGGCUUUGAAUGAUAUUCUGCAGCGAGUUCUUAAACAGCAUGAUGAUAUAGCUAAUGGAUCUGCUACUAAGGAACCAACAAGAGCUGAAUCAUCAGCUCUUCCAAUUAUAAACGUUAGCCACGAGGACGACAAAUUCGGAGACGAUUUUGCUCAGUUAGCUCGGAGAUCAGGACUGAAUAGAAAACCAGCCAGUGUUAAUACUGAAGCGACUCGUGUCGGUCCUCUUCUACCUCCUCCACCGUCAUCAAAGAAGCCUGUUGUUGCAGGUAGCAGCAUGGUCGAUUACCUCAGUGGCGAUGCCUACAAAUCUGAAGAAGCUUCAGAAACCUCACGUCCACCUUUUACCGUUCCAACUUCGACCCCACCAUCUUCUUCACCCCUACCCCAUGUCGAACGCUCUAUCCCAUCCACUGGACAACCUGUGUAUGACGAACCAACUCCCACAAGUAGGUCUGCCGAUCCACUGCCUCCAGCACCAUGGGGCUCACAGUCCCAAAGCUCCACCGUUCUUCCAGCCCCGCCAUCGACAUAUGAUCAAAGACACCAAUUUUUCGACAAACAAGAAGCUCACGGGUCAGGGUCCUCCUACGAUAGCUUAGUUGGACAUACUCAGAGCCUCUCUCUCAGUCCACCAACACCAGUCAAACAGGAAAAGCAAGAGGAUGUGCUAUUUAAAGAUCUGGUCGACUUUGCCAAAGCUCGGUCCUCUGCGUCGUCAAAGCCAAACCGAUCUUUAUGAACGUUCGAGUAAAUAUGAAGGUAUAUGGUGUUGGUAUAGAUUAUAAAGUUGUUUUAGCCCAUCAGGUUUUGCACCAGAUUGGAGAACUAUCAAUUACCAAAUUAUCUCUUGGAAUUAGGAAGCCGGAGUUUGGGUUGUGUAUGUAUGUUAUUUCUUGGUUGUUAAUGAAUCUGAGAAGUUUAUUGCACA